AUGCUCUGUUCUGCAUGCCAGAGAAUCUUUUCGCAGACAUCACGGCCAUUAGCACAAUAUGACAAGCUUUGGGUCGACAUUGCAACGAAUUGCUAUGUGCCCAGAGAAGAAGCAACGAGAUUACUGCACCACACGACCCAACAAAGCUUCGACCAAGCUGUCCAAGAUGGGUGCUUCAUCUGUACCAAGGUCGACAUCACUCCGGCUGGACAACCAAUUAGUCCCGAAUUUGAAAUUAUGGGGAAUAGAUCCCAACAACCAUGCUGGGAGAGUUUCAUCAAGAUAAUCCCUAUGGAAAACAAUGGUUUGAAUCUCCAUGGACGGAAACCAGAAUUCAAUAUACCAGCCAAUGAUCGCUUAUCCCAGAUUAAAAAAUGGGUGACUGCCUGCUGUCGCCAACACGAGUGGGGUUGUGUAAAAUAUCGUCAUCAUGAAUGGGCAAGACCUUCACGUCUUAUCAAUGUGGGGCAUCCGGGACAGGAAUUCGUCUCAUUGGAGCUAUUUGGGAACAUACGAGUCCUAAAUGUUCCAUACAUCACGAUGAGCCACAGGUGGCUAGAGCCGAAGCCACCAGUGCUUAAGAGAGGCAACAUCGAACAUCUGACAAAGAGCGGAAUAUCUCUCUCAGAACUACCUAAAAGAAUCAAAUAUCUUUGGAUCGAUUCUCUCUGCAUAUUACAAGAUUCAGAAGAAGAUUUUAGUAAGGAAGCGGCACGCAUGGGUAAUAUCUAUGCUGGAGGUGCAUUCAACAUUGUUGCAUCCAACUCGGGUAACAAGGAAACUGGAUUGUUCUCGAGCAGAACUAACAAGGGGCUUAUACCUAUUGUUCGGCCAUCAUGGCCAGGUAUAGGAAGUGACAAGGCCUUUGCCUUGAAUCCUGAGGGUGUCGAUGCUUCUGAACGCACCUUACUAGGAGAUCUCUUAUUCAAUAGGGGUUGGGUUCACCAGGAGGUCCAGUUAGCCCCUUCGAACUUGUUCUGCACCAAAAAUCAACUCUGGUGGGUAUGUUUAGAGGGAACUUAUUGCGAAGCCUAUCCUGGAGGCUUGAAUGAAACAUUUAAUGGAAUGGGAUACAGGACAAGCCGACUAGGAAUCAUACGUACGCUCGUGGUUCCAAAGAUCCAUCCCCCUAUUUGGCAUAGGUUACACAAGAGGCAGGAUGAUCGGACUUUCGAAAGUCGCCUAUUCAUGUAUGCCUGGUUCAAACUCGUUCAGUGCUACUCGGCAUCAAUAACCACACAGCCUGAUGACAAAUUGGUUGCGAUAGGCGGCAUUGUUGAACUGUUACGUGAGUGGAUGCAUAGGGAACAAUAUAACCUAGAGUCUGGCUAUUUCUCUGGCAUGUGGCGAUACUGUCUCCUCGAACAGUUAAGUUGGUGCGCCUAUGGAUCAUAUAGGGCUAACAAGCUAGAAUACAGAUGGAAGGGUACAUAUAAGAUACCUACUUGGUCAUGGGCUAGCAUCAACGGUGCAAUUUUUUACGACCACAUAACCGGGGAAGAAUAUACUCACGAUUGGAUCUUACCCAAAGCUUCCAAAACAUCAAAGCCUUUAGCGAAGAUACUAUCACUGAAUACUACAGGACUGGACCCUCUUGGCCGAACAAGCAAUCGAAAUAUUCUCAAGAUUAAAGGGGCGACAUUCCCUGUCUCAUUCAAGAGCGAAAAGUUCGAACCGAUGGUAUGGGCAGAUGUUGAGUAUAACCAGUCGGAUUCGGUUAAACGGUUAGGAGUUCAGAUUUUCUUCGAUUGCUCCGAAGAACUCCUAGAGGCGAAAAAUGACAAGCACGGAUAUAUUGCGAUGCCAUUGCUUCUGCAUGAAUCGCAACAAGAACGCGGUCUCUUUCUUAUCUUGAGAGGUAUUAUAUUGCGUAGAAUAGGGGAUGGAGAUACACAGCUGCAUAAGCGAUGCGGAUAUUUUGACAGCCGCUUUACCUAUUGGUCUAGAGGCGAGCUCAUAUUGAACCGGAUUGCUAUGAACCCUCUGGACAGCGAUGACUCGCUAGAUAGCAUUGAUAACACAUAUCUCAUUACAUAA